AUGUAUCCCCACGCAGCUCUUGAGCUGCUGGAGUACCUGCGCACAUGCUACCCUAUCUUUCUCCUCAUCCUCUUCGUUGCGGCGUUUGUGGCAAAUACCACCGUCACCGCGAAGAGAGCCAACAAGCAUGCCUCUGAGACCCUGGGGCCUGGAGGCCGGCCACUGCCUCAACGAUCACGAGCUAAGCCCGCCUACGAGAAACCUCAAGAGUUUUCUCGGAACGUGAAACGCGCUUUCAACUUGCUCUCUGUUGGCAUUCUCCUCACAUUCAUUGCCGAUGCAACUAUCUAUAUCACCCACGUUAUGGUGGCCCGGGCAGAGAAUUGGUGGCGAGGACAAUCGGUUGUGAUCUACAUCGUUGGCUCGUUCUUCGUCUACGCAGUGAUGCUCAUGGCAUUGCUCGACACCUCUCCUUCCCCGACCCUCGCCCAAUUUGUCUGCUGGUCGAUCGCCAUCCCGAUUGAAUUGGUUAUUGUUAGCACAUCCCUGUCGGUGUACACCUCGGUUCACCAUGAACCAAUCGUUGGAGAUCCAGAGGGAGGCCGGCUCCGCAAAACUAUUACACCGUGGGAAUGCAUGGAGGUGGUGUCGAACAGUGUCCGCAUCCUAGUUCUCUUCUCGCUGGUUCUUCUCUAUGUCUGCCAGUCGGUCAGGAUGAAGAGCCAUGAGAAGAAGGCAUCUUAUACCAAUGGAGUCUCGGAAUCCACUGGGCUCUUGGAUCCCGCUGCUACUGAAAAUGGACACGGGAAUGGCAAUGGAAAUUCCAAUGGCAAUGGCCAUACAUAUGGUUCCACGAACGGAGGGCCUCCCUCCGGAGCCGCCAAACCUCAGGAUCCAUGGGUGCGUCCCACUACGAUCCCCUCUACCAGCUGGUGGGAGUAUCUGAGCGGAUACUCACUCUUUUUUCCAUACCUGUGGCCCUCCAAGUCCCGCCGUCUGCAGCUGGUGGUCAUGUUCUGCUUCGUGCUCCUUAUUGCCCAGCGCGUUGUCAACGUUCUGGUGCCUUAUCAAGUCGGUGUGAUUACCGGUGCUCUCACCAGAGAUGAUGGCGAGGAAUUCCAGGUGCCGUGGCUCCAAAUCUGCCUCUAUGUGAUCUACCGCUGGUUGCAGGGUGGUCAGGGUUUGCUCAGCUCUCUGCGCUCCAGUCUCUGGAUCCCCGUGAGUCAGUAUUCCUACAUGGAGCUCUCCACAGCUGCAUUCGAGCAUGUCCAUGGUCUCAGCCUAGACUUCCACCUCGGCAAGAAGACUGGCGAGGUCCUGUCUGCUCUCAGCAAGGGUAGCUCGAUCAACACAUUCCUAGAGCAGGUUACUUUCCAGGUGGUACCAAUGCUCGUUGAUCUUGUUGUUGCCAUUGCAUUCUUCCUGAUCGCAUUCGAUGUAUACUAUGCCUUGGCUGUUGGGAUUUCCACCUUUGGCUAUCUCUAUGUCACCAUCCGUAUGGCUCAAUGGAGAGCAGAAAUCAGAAGACAGAUGGUCAACGCAUCUAGACAAGAAGACGCUGUGAAGAAUGACUCGAUGGUCUCAUAUGAGACAGUGAAAUACUUCAACGCUGAACAUUAUGAGUUCAACCGGUAUCGGGGCGCUGUAGGAGAUUUCCAAAAGGCUGAAUACCACGUCUUGCUCUCUCUUACGCUGCUGAAUACUUGUCAAAAUACUGUGUUCAUGAUGGGCUUGUUAGUUAUGUGCUUCAUCUGCGCAUUCCAAGUAUCUACUGGUCAGCGUCCUGUGGGCAAGUUUGUGGAGCUGUUGACCUAUAUGGUUCAACUGCAAGGCCCUCUGAACUUCUUUGGUACCUUCUAUCGCUCUAUCCAGUCUGCACUGAUCAAUGCCGAGCGUCUCCUUGAACUUUUCCGUGAGCAGCCAACUGUGGUCGACAGUCCCAGUGCUACUCCAUUGGCGAUGUGCAGGGGUGAUAUCAAGUUUGAGAAUGUGGAGUUCGCUUACGAUGCACGGAAGCCGGCAUUGAAUGGCCUCACCUUCCACUGCCAGCCUGGAACAACCACUGCCUUGGUUGGUGAGUCUGGCGGCGGUAAAUCCACUGUGUUCCGUCUGCUAUUCCGAUUCUACAACUCUGAGAACGGCCGUAUCCGCAUUGACGGGCAUGAUGUGCAAGAUAUUACGAUCGAUUCACUCCGAAAGCAUAUUGGAGUGGUCCCUCAGGACACUGUACUUUUCAACGAAACAUUGAUGUACAAUCUGAAGUACGCUAACCAAGAUGCUUCUGAUGAAGAUGUUUACGAGGCCUGCCGCGCUGCUAGUAUCCAUGAUAAGAUCUUGGCUUUCCCCGAUGGAUACAAUACCAAGGUCGGAGAACGUGGUCUAAGACUCAGUGGUGGCGAGAAGCAGCGUGUUGCAAUUGCUCGCACUAUCAUUAAAAACCCUCGUGUCAUUCUCCUAGAUGAAGCUACUGCAGCACUAGACACCGACACAGAGGAGCACAUUCAAAGGGCACUUUCCACCUUGUCACAGGGACGCACUAUGUUGGUGAUUGCUCACCGUCUCAGCACUAUCACCACCGCAGACCGCAUCUUGGUUCUGUCCGAAGGUCAAGUAGCGGAAAGUGGUACCCACGAAGAGCUUCUUGCCAUGAAGGGCCGCUAUGCCAGCAUGUGGCGGAAGCAAAUUCGAGCCCAAAAGGCCGCGGCAGAGGCACAAGUCCUCCAUGACCGCGCCGAGCGAAUUCGUACAGCAACUACCAGUGACGAUAGCUCAAGUCAAUCGGAUGAAGACCGCAAAGGCGUCCGCCGAACAAAUUGA